UGAUCCUCGAGAAAAUUGGAUAUAAUGUAUUGUGAGGAUGUAUGUAGUGACGCAUCGCGUAACGUUUAUGUCAAAUCACGACGCUCGACGCUUUCCCUGCCAACCGGGCCCAAGGCAUUUUAGGAUCUCUACUGGAUGAUCAUUGAGGACGAAUUGCCGGUGCUAGAUAAUAAUCACUAUGCCGGCUAAUGAGACCGACUAAUAAUAUUUUAUGUGUGCCCGCUCCCAUCCUGUAUCGGUUCCAUUUGGGGAAAUUGUCGGUUAAGUGAUGAUAUUUUAGUCCUAGGUCUAUAAUAUACCUACCAGUGGUCAUGGUGCUAUGCUUUAUGGCCGGAAGAAGUGACGAGGGGGGUGUUGGGAUGGGCACGAGCUAUCAGUAGUAAUAGCUUCCCAUGGUAGCCGUUAACUUUUCACUUCUUCAGCUACUCAGACAUCACUGAUCUCUGUUUUAGGCGCGCGUGAGCUUUGUUAAGCUUACGUUUAUCACAAUGUAUUUCAACACGUUACUAAGAGUGUGCUAUGUAUUGGUGUUCUCGCAGCUUGGGUUUGCUCAGACGAUUGUUGUGGGUGGUCAAGUCAUCAACGCCGAUGAGUCAACCAUUUCUCCUGCUUUCGCGCCCGUCGAUGCUUCAUCCUCUAAUGCGACAGCCGACCUCUUCCUCGGGGAAACUCAUCAGCUUACUGACGCUGUCCUUGCAAACCUCACUAACCUCGGAUUAACCAACAUAGUCCUGUUCGGGUUUGCUGAUCCUGCAACCGCCCCUAAUCAGUCUAUUAUCGGGCCUUGUAAAACCUUCCCGGGUGAAUUUGUUGUUUUCCCUGGUCGUAUUACUAACCGAGUAUUCGACCUUCUCCUGGGUGGCAGCCUUAUUCAGACCAAACCGUUUGCUUCGCCAUGCUAUAGUGACUACGGGAAUCAAGAUGCGGCAAAGUGUGCUGAGAUUACAUCUCACUGGUCAGAUAACUCUUACAUCCACACGAACGAUCCAACUUCUAUCAACGCAAUCCUAUUCGAAGGGACGUCAUGUGUACCGCACACAGUAAACCCAUUUGCGCUGAACUGUACUAUUGGCGCAUACCCGACGAUGUCGGUUAAUGUAACCACUGUCGCCCAAAUCCAACUAGCUAUCAACUUGGCGCGGAGCCUUAACUUGCGACUCGUUAUUAAAAAUACAGGGCAUGACUAUAGCGCAAAGAGUACGGGAGCUGGUGCUCUUUCUCUCUGGACUCAUAACAUGAAAGACAUCCAGUACUACGAGAGCUACGAAGAAGGGUCGUAUAGAGGACCAGCUUUCAAGAUGGCAGCUGGUGUCCAAGUAUUUGAGGCAUACGAGGCAGCGCAUAAUUACAACCUUACGAUUGUUGGUGCUGAGGGGAAGACGGUCGGGCUUACAGGAGGGUAUAUUCUAGGUGGCGGCCACUCUCCUUUGUCAAGUCUAUAUGGAAUGGCAGCAGACCAGGUCCUCUCUAUGGAAAUAGUCACAGCCGACGGUCGCUUCUUCACAGCCAGUGAAACCUCAAACCCCGAUCUCUUUUGGGCUCUUCGAGGCGGCGGUGGAUCGACUUAUGGGGUUGUUACAUCUAUGGUGAUCAAGGCGUUUCCUGAGAUUACAGUCUCAACGAUGACAUUUAGUCUAUCUACAGGGGAGAACGUAUCUAUGGGUCAGUUCUGGAAAGCCUUUCGCGCUUACUUCGAGGGUUUUGUUAACUACACCGAUGCUGGGAACUACGCUCAUUUUGACUUAAAUGCUACGAGUGGAAACUAUGUCUGGAAUAUGGCACCUUGGUUUGCUCCAAACAUGUCUAAAUCGGAAUUGGAGGUCCUUGCCGACCCCUUCUUCAAGGCUAUUGGUAGCAUCGGGAUCGAUCUGAAACCAGUUUAUCAAGAAUACACAAACUUCUAUGACGCAUGGAAUACUAGCUUCCCUCUCGAACUUUGGGGGUCGAAUCUUGCUAGGUACGGUAGCCGGCUUUUCCCACGGGAAAAUUGGAAGGAUUCGACGAAACUGUCAUCUACUUUUGAGGCUAUUCGUCACGUUAUAGACAAUGGUGGCGUGGUAUCAGCCUACAAUGUUGCUGCCGCCCCGAAGUCCGGGUACCCUGAUAAUGCUGUUAAUCCGGCCUGGCGUGAGACUGUGCUACACGCUAUCGACAUCGUGGCAUGGACUCAAGAUAUGUAUACGGAACUCAUCACAAUAUGGAGUAACGUUUUGACAUCUGACUGGGGAUCGUUAUGGCGUUCGGUAUCGCCCGGUUCGGGAGCUUACCUUUCCGAAUCAGACUAUAUCGAACCCGACUUCCAGCAGUCAUUCUGGGGUAACAAAUAUGAUCGGUUAUACGAGCUCAAGAAGAAGCUGGAUCCUUGGGAUGUGUUUUACGCCCAGAAUGCGGUGGGUUCAGAGGACUGGGAGAUGUCUGAUUGGAUUUUUGGGAAUUUGCCGUCUCAGAACAGUCGGCUGUGCCGAAAGGGGACGAAUCCCUCGCAGCAAGGGGCGAUGAGGAUGGUUCAUGGGUAGUUCGUGUAAGAGGGGUGUUAACCUAGAGACCUAGUGCUUUAUCUCGAAGCCAAUGUAUGUAUUGAUCUUAAUGAAGUAAAUGCAACAUUAAUUUGGUG